GGAAAUUCGCAGGCUCAAUCGCAGCUCAUUUUCGGGUUCGAAAGGAAACGACAAUGUGAUGAUUACUUGAAAUUCCUUGUCUUUGGAAAAUUUAUUUCGAAAAUUUCCCCAUAGAGGGCAGAAAUGGGGCAACACUACAGUUUCGCAUCGAAAGUAUUGCAAGACCAUGCUCUUGUUUUGCGAGAUUUUGCUGUUUUAUCGCACGAAGGACUUCUCGAUACUGUCAAGCACAUCAAUAAAAUUCUUCAAAUGUUUUCGGAGGACAGCUCCAAACAAAUAUUAUUUAGUGUAAAGGAAAUGUCAGAUGAUAAUUACCUUUGGAAAGCCACAGUCAGAAUAUUCUGCUUCAAGAUUGACAAAAGAACUGGAUCCAUACAAACAAGAAAAGUUCUAGAUCUUCGGCAGUUUUGUAAAGUGUACAGAGAUGUGACAAAGCAAGUGAGAUGUACAAAAACCAUGGAUGAUGAAGAACAAUGGGAGGAAGUUGACAAGGAUGGGCAGAGUUAUCACACCAUAUCUCUAGAACAGGCCAGAGAAACUCUCUCAGCUUCCAUGAUUUUCUCAAGGGUUGACGAGGCCACAUCCGAGGGGAUGGAGGAGUGUUGCAUCUGCAUGGAGCAGCAGUCGGAGAUCAUUCUGGCCUGCGUGCAUUCCUUCUGCAAGUCAUGUAUUGAUAGAUGGAGUGACUCCCACAAUACCUGCCCAAUAUGCAGAGAUUUGCUCGAAAAAAAGGACACAUGGGAGAUGCCAGCCGCACCUAGUAAGACGGAGGUGGCCCAGUACGUGAUGGGGCUGGCCGAGGGGGCAGGAAACCCCUCGUGACAGCAGAUGGAGAUGGCCUAGUAUGUGAUGGGGCUGGCCGAAGGGGCAGGAAACCCCUCGUGACAGCAGAUGGAGAUGGCCUAGCAUGGGAUGGGGCUAGCUGAGGGGGCAGGAAACCCCUCGUGACAGCAGAUGGAGAUGGCCUAGUAUGUGAUGGGGCUAGCCGAGGGGGCAGGAAACCCCUCGUGACAGCAGAUGGAGAUGGCCUAGCAUGGGAUGGGGCUAGCCGAGGGGGCAGGGAACCCCUCGUGACAGCAGAUGGAGAUGGCCUAGUAUGUGAUGGGGCUAGCCGAGGGGGCAGGGAUCCCCUCUUGAUAGCAGACACAAACUAGAAGGCAGACACCACCCAGUACAUGCUGGGGCUGAAACCAACGCAAAAACUUUUAACCCAUUUCGCAAAAUCGGUGCCCCCUUUUGUGUCUAUGGCUGCAUACCGGUUAACCUCUUGUCAGCCAAGCCCAUGUCCCCCCCUCCCCCCUGAACCAAUGUUGUUUACUUAGGCCUGGAACUCAGCUACUGCAUACUAAUGAUAGGUGCUCAACAUUGGCAAGAGGGAGGGGGGAAGCAUUUAUUUGUGUGACAAACAUAAUUGCUAGAAAUGGGAUUAGUUUUGGCGCGGAUUAUAGCCAAGGGGGCAGUUAUCAUUUUUUAACAAGUUAGAAAGCGAAGAAAAGUAGGAUAAACUAGCUUAGACUACGUCUGUCACAAAUAAUCACUCAUAGCAGAAAAUUUGAUUUCUGCAGGAAGAAAGAGAACACCUGUAAAUAUUGCAAUAAGUUAUGUAAAAAAAAAGAAGACAAA